GCUAGCGUGGAGGAUCAUGGCCCAUCCUCCUUAACUAUCCAUAAGGAAGGCCUGAGCCCCUGCAGUGGGGACGUAAAAGGGCUCAUGAUGAUGAUAAUGAUGAACCAUCUGUUUUAUUAGCCUAAUAAAAAUUAAAUCUUAUUAUUUAUUUCAUACCCAAUGCAGGUUAUGACGACAAUGAAUGCAACGAUCACUGUUGCUACCCACGACAGAUCUCUUCAAACGACAAGGAAAAGAAUAUCACAGCCAAAGGUUGCACAAGGAAAGCUAACACACAAUGCAGGUAAUUAAAAUAAUUCAACUAGUUGUUUUGGAUUUUUUUUUUUUCUUUGAAUUAAAGUUGUUUUAAUCUGUUAUUUUGAAGAAAUUUUGUAUAAACAUAAUUAACUGUCUAGCAAACUGAAAUUGGAAAUAAUAUAGUUUGAACAAGUCUUCUUUAUAUGUUAACUGAUAAUUUAAAGUUAAUGAAGAAUGUAAUGUAUUAAAUCAAUUCCGAUGACUUACGUCGAUAACUGGAUAUGGAGAGUAUUAUAAUAAAUAUCUAUUCAAGUCAUGAAUUUGGUUUUUUCUUUGUCAGUAUUUUUUUUUCUGUGUACAGUCCAUCACAAGGUCCGUGCUGCCACUCUUCGUGUCAGUUUGUGCACUCGCGCGUGAACCAAACUUGCCGGGAAGCGUCGGAGUGCAGCCACGCUUCAUUCUGUUCCGGAUUUUCUGCUGAAUGCCCUGAACCCAGGGCUAUGCCUAAUCACACAAAAUGCAACAAUGGAACUCAGUUGUGCAUCAGCGGCGAAUGCAGCGGCUCAAUAUGUUUGGCGUGGAAUAUGAAGGAGUGUUUCCUAUCGUCGGCGCCGACCCGCGUUGGCGACGGUGUGACCGCGGUGGUUGAUCGCCGCGCCCUCUGUCAGCUCGCCUGUCAAACCGGACCGGCGGCCGAUUCGUGUCAGAGUACUGCCGAGUUCGCGCAUAAAGUUGGCCUGCCCCCCGGCGGGAUCAGUCUGAGGCCCGGCUCGCCCUGCGAUAAUUUCCAGGUAACGCUGAUAGCAAAUUAAAGUAUUUCCUGCUACAUGCCCAUCCUCAUCAGCACUUAUACCCCCUCAAGUGCAGGGCCUCUGGCCUUCCUUAUAAACGGUUAAGGAGGAUGGUGGUUCAUGGCUUUACGUGUCUUCCGUACAUUCCGAAGCACGGAGCAGCUCAAGAUAAUAAUUUCUUGGUCACCCAUCUCGUGACCGUCUCUUGCGAAAGUUGUGUAACAACAACGAUCGCGGACCACAGCGCUUCCUCCUACCGCUUCAUAUUUCCUUUUAGUUAUUUUUGCAAUGAUUAGAGUGUAAUUUAUAUUUUAAUUAGUAAUUUUAACAAUUAAUUACUAAUACAUAUACAAUACUAUUAUUAUUUCUGCACUCCCAUUUCACUGUUGAUGCUAUUUUUCGGUCGCCGAACAGAGAGAAUUUCGUACAUAGACCCAGCAUUACAUAUCUCUCACUCGCGCGCAUAUUGCUAUUGUGUUCACACUCAUGUAGCCAUUGAAAUCUAGCUGAUUUCAUCAUUGUGCCUACAACAUUUAGCAGUAGGCACAUUGGUCAAUAAACAAAAUUCUACUAUUUGACGAGGGAACUAUAAUGCUAAAUUUUCAGUUUACGAAUACAUGGUGUAUUUAGUUUUUUUUAAAUAUAUAUAUAAAGAAUGAAUGAUAAUAUAAAUUGCAAUAAUAAAAUAAAAUAUAAAAACAAAAUAAAAUUAAACAAUAGAUUAAAACACACACAGGGCCACAUGUAUGCCGGAACGAUGCAAAAAGGGCAAAAGCUCAGCGAUAUGGUUACUUGAAAAGCAAACUGCCGAUUUUCGGCUUUGACCUAAGUUUAGAUUAGCGGGGAACCAAAAACUAAUGUGUAAAAUCAUAAAAGCAUAUCAUUAAAGCGUAUAAAAAUAAGUUAAUACAAUAUAGCAGUUAUCGGUCUCCUAUAAUAACUUUUUUUUUAUCGGCAGGGUUACUGCGAUGUGUUCUUGAAAUGUCGCGCGGUGGACGCCGAAGGUCCCCUGGUCCGGCUGAAGAAUCUGCUGCUGAACCGCGCGACGCUGCAGUCGGUGCAGGCGUGGGUGACGGAGCAGUGGUGGCUGGUGCUGGUGGGCGGCGUGCUGCUGGUCGUCUGCUGCGGCGCGUUCGUCAAGUGUUGCGCCGUGCACACGCCCUCGUCCAACCCGAAGCGGCCGCCCGCCAGGUAACCGGAGCCCACAUACGUGUCGACAGUCUACUGCAGACGUUUCCAAACAAUUUAUUUCUCGUAGACCAUUUUAAAAAAUGUACUGGUUUCGGUGGGCCUCCUGCUGCUACAUUUUUACCAUAUUUCAAAAAAUUCGUACAAAAUGUGAAGAUCUAACGAUGGAAAUUGGCGCCCUAUUUUUAUUUCACCCCGUUGAAUUCCUCGUCGACCCCUGGGGAUCCACCUGGACCACUUAAGGAAUCACUGGUCUACUGCUUAAAUGUAGUAAAGGGCCACCCAUUAAUUACAUCACACGUUACUCUCCGGCGAAGGUCAAAUUAGGCCCUAACUGAUUCGGCAAGCUGACAAAUUUCAAAAGACAUUUUAGUGAAGCUCAUCUUUUCACGCCCGGGGCAAGUGCCCAUCCUAUCUAAAAAUGUGAAUUUUUGUUUAUUAUUUAUAACACCGGGAAAGCUAUAUAUAUGAUGUCACGUGUUUAUGUCAUAACUCGGCAAAAUUUCUAAUCUUUUCCCCAUGUUUUCUUAUUGGCAUAAAUAUUAAUUAAAAUAAAGUCAAGGUUUCUCGACAAUCUAUGUUGACUAACACGGUGGACAGCUUUAUCAGUCAUCUAAGAUUUUUUAUUUUAUUUAUAGUUUUUAGGCGUCAAAAAGGUAUAAUUUGUAAGAUGUUUAAAACAAUCUAAACUAGCUUUUA